UAUGUACCUGGCCAAUAGAUCCAAAUGCUAGUAAGUGUAAAAGUAUUUUACUUAAUAUCUAUUGGAUGUUUGCGGUGUUCAGCGUUGGAUCGACGAUACUAUUCUUAUUGAUUACCGCCUAUUUCUUUCGACACGACCUUAUCUUGCUGACGAAAACCACUUGCUUCAUAAGUGCCCUUUCGGAGACGCUGUUGGACCUGAUCAUCUGUAAAAUGAAUAGCAAGAAACUGCAGGUUCUAAUCGAAAAAAUUAGGAAGUAUUUAGAUACAACUGGCAAGGACGAGAAUAACAUGAUCCAAGUUUACGUGAAACGUUAUAAGACAUUCUUUUCAACGAUGGCGGUCGCAUACUUCAUCAAUGGAGUUUCGUUCUUUUUCAUGCCAUUAUAUACAAACCAACAUCUGCCGUUAGAAUCUUGGUUGCCAUUCUCCACUGAUACCGUCAUGAAAUACGGUAUUGUUUACAUUAUCCAAGCUUAUUCCUCCAUGCAUACGGCCCUCUCCAUCUUUGUCGACUUCAAAAUCAUUUCUCUCCUCUGCUUCACCGCUGCCAGACUAGAUAUAUUAAACGCGAAACUGAAACAAGGAAAUAGCUACGAGAUGAUGGUAAACUAUAUUAAAGAACACCAAGAGAUACUAAGAUUUUUAGAGGAUACUAAAGCUGCUGUUCAGGCUUUGUUAUUUAAGACGAACGUCACAAUGGGAAGCGUUGUCAUAGCCGCAGCUUUUCCCCUCCUUUAUAUGAAAAACCCAAUGUCAGAACCUCAAGUUGUGUAUCAGUUCGUUUGUAUGGUACUAGCAGGCUGUGGGCAUGUGUACCUUAUCUCCGCGCCAUCAGACGAUUUAAAAGAAAGUAGCAUACAAUUUGCAAUGUCGGUGACCGAUAUUCAGUGGAUAGGAAAACAAAAAAACAUGGCCACCAGUGUAUUGAUCAUGUUGCAGAGGAGUCAAAAACCAUGUCUAAUCCCAUUGGGUUUAAUUCCACCCCUUUCGAUGGAAUAUUUCUCUCAAUUCUUAACUACCAUAUAUUCCUACUUUAUGGCUAUAAGGACGAUGAUUGAAUCAUAAUUUCUAUG